GCGUCAGAGAUGUGUCACUUUGCUUGCAGCUGAUUGGUCAAAUUUUAAUUUGAGAUCUCUAAACCAGACCAUAACCUGCCCAGGUUAGCUGUAGAGCAUAAGUUACUAUGGCGAUGAACACUGCUAAAAGCCAAACCACUUUCAUGGUACCUAAAACCCAGAGUUGGCGCAAACUAAACUGAAACUUACCUGGCUAGCCAGCUAAACCGGCUUCAUGGUACAGGUCCCAGGUCCUGGAAAUUAAACUGAUAUUGCAACAUAUUUUGUGUGUGUUUUGGUUAACUGAAAUUAACUGGUAAAAUAACUAUCAAUUUUGUAUACAAGAAUCUAAUCCAAUAGUACAAUUGAACAGUCUAGCCCAUUAAGAGCAGCUAUAUCGAGACAAAACUGUAUUCAAAAUGUAAACACUGUUACUUAAUGAGUGGAUUAAUUGUUAUUUAUUUGUCCUCCUAAACCAGUCUACUUAAAGCUUCCCAGGAAGUUACAUUUAAGGUCAUAAUGUCAAUAUGGUUUCAUCACUCCACUGAUUAGCUGUACUUUAUGUAUAAUUCAAUAAACAUCAGAGUAAUGAGGAAUAUGCUACAUACAAUAUAUAGUAUAUGUGUGUGUGUGUAGUACAGCUCUACUGUACUUCCAUACUGGAAGUACAUUAGAGCUGCUGCUGCAGAUGCAUGUCGUUGAGAGCAUGUCUCAACAUGCAAAAACAAGGGUGGUGGUGGUGGUGGUGGUGGUGAGGGGGAUGGAGGCUGCAAAAUAAUCGUGUCAGCGGUUUUUAUUUUCGCUGCCACAAGCAGUGUGCACCAACAAUGAUCAAUUCAAGUUAAAAAAGCCUCAAACGUCUUACUCAGAAAGGCCUUCAAAACCCAGACCUCAGAGCAGGUCUUCCUCCGCUCCUUCAAAGAAACCACCUCACAUGGACCUCCUAGCCAAAGAAGAAGAAUACAAACGUCUCAAUGCAGAGCUAGAAGCAAAAACAGCAGAACUUGUUCGAGAAGCAGAGAAAGUGAUGAGGGAUCAAAAUGAGGUGCUCUCCAAACCAAUCUCCUCCCAUAUCUCCAUUGAUACUGACUGUGAUUUUGAAGUUUCUAGGAAGGCAGAUACAAAAAGAGAAUCCACGUCUAAGCAGCCCCCUACAACGAUCAUGAGAAACAGGAACUACUCUGCAAAAUCUUCAAAGCCAAACAAGCCAGCAUCGGGGAAUAGAAAAAAAACCCAAAAAGCACUACAGACUGUGGUCGAUGAUGUUGCUAUUCCUGAAGACUUUGGGGAUUUCUCACUUGCUAAAACAAUCAGCAUAAUUGAGGGCAAAGUUAGUGAUGAUCUCACUGAGGAACACUUGCAGGAUGACAUCAUGCCCAGUGCUGGAGAUGAGAUGGGUGCAGAAGCUCAAAUCAGGUUUUUGAAGGCUAAACUUCGAGUAAUGCAGGAAGAAUUGAACAGACUCGCAUAUGAAUGCAACAAGAAGGAUGAUGAAAACAGCACUUUAAGCAGUAAACUGAAGGACUUGGAGGAGGAAAAGGCGAGAUUGCAGAGGACUGCAAAUGUCCAACAGACUCAAGUUGAGAAGCAAAGAGCUUUAGCUGAAGAAUCAAGUCGGAAAUGUGAAGGUCUGCAACAGCAAGUGGCAGCACUGCAAAAGGAGUUGGAAAGCAUGAAAAGGACCCACAAGCAGGUAGCCAGUACCCACAGUGCAACAGAGGUGCGGUUAAAUAGAGCUCUGGAGGAGGUUGAGAAGACUAAAACACAACUCAACAAACUCAAACAGAGCAGUAAGGAUUUAACCGGUCAGGAGCAACAAAAGAUUGAAACAUUACAAGCUGAGAACAGAAAACUGGAACGACAAAAGGCUGAGCUCAUUGUGGGUUUUAAAAAGCAACUUAAGCUAAUAGAUAUUUUAAAGCGACAGAAGAUGCAUUUUGAAGCAGCCAAGCUGUUGUCCUUCACUGAAGAAGAGUUCAUGAAAGCUCUGGAUUGGGGAAAGGAUGGAGUCUCAUAGGUUUCUGUUUUGUAUUUUGUGAAUAGAGUAAAAAUAGAUGAAUGUGUACAACAAACAGCUUACAUUUCAUUCAUUGUUUAACAAUCUUCAAACUUAAUUAAAUAACAUUCUGAAUAUCA